UGAAGAAAUCCUUACCGUGUAUCCUCAGGCCGUAGAGCAUGUUGAUGAUGAAGGGCGCAACAUUUUACAUGUGGCGAUCAAGUACCGCCAAAUUGAGAUAUUUGAUUUUGUGGUAAAAAUGGAAAUCCCAAUGAUGAGGUUAAUAAGAAAGAUUGAUAACAAUGGAAACUCUAUACUGCACUACGUUGGCAUCACAGGAGGAGAUCGUGGGGCGGAAGACUUGCGAAGUCCUGCUCUGAUAUUGCAAGAAGAUCUGCUCUUAUUUGAGCGGGUGGAGAAAAUCUCUACAAGCCAUUUCGUCAAGCACUUCAAUUCUAAAGGGCAGACUGCUGCAAAGCUUUUUAGGGAAGACAAUGCUCAACUUCGCUCAGACGCCAAAGACUGGCUAAAGGGGACUGCUGAAAAUUCCACCAUUGUUGCUGUGCUCAUUGCCACCGUUGCCUUUGCAGCCGCCUACACGGUACCUGGAGGCCCAAAUCAAGACACUGGUUAUCCACUUCUUCUCAAGCAACCUUUCUUUGUCAUGUUCACCCUGACAGAUGUACUUUCUCUCACAUUUGCUUUGACUUCGGUGAUUGUAUUUCUCUCAAUCCUCACAUCAUCCUUCCGGCUAAACGAUUUCAAGCAGUCACUUCCUCAAAAACUCAUGCUAGGAUUCACUUUGUUGAUAUUUUCAGUGUCAUUUAUGAUGCUGGCAUUUUCAGCUACAGUUCUCCUAAUGAUUCGUAACAACCAACAUUGGACUAAGAUUGCUUUAUACGCGGUGGCACUCCUCCCAGUUGGUAUUUUUGCACUCUCAUACAUACCUUUGUACGCAUCACUCAUGAAAAAUUUCAAGUACUCCCUCAAGAAAGUAGGGCACGUUUUUCCUCGAUGUAGUAGUGUUUCUGUUCCUUCCAAGUCCUCUAUUCCUCAAGGCAGUAAUUCCACAUGCCACUUCCAGCUUGAGAUUGAGUAGAAUUUUCAGAUACAUCAUGAAUCCUGUAUUGUAAUUGGUCGGGUUCAUGCGAGAAAUAUGGCAUUUUUUUUUAUUCUGGAUUAGUAACUAUUUUCACAAAGUUUGUAUGAUUGGUUUACAACAUUGAGUUUGGUUUUAUAUGUGUA